AGUUGCAGACUCGGUCUUGGUCCUCACUCCUCUCUCUCAACCGCGUUAUUCCCUUUGUCUUUUCCCUCCUCUCCCAUCCCCUUAAAACUCACCAUAAAAAUCCAGUUUUUACAAUAUUCAACAAUCUUGGUGUCUCCCCCUCUCUCUCUCUCUAAUCGUGCAUCGUCACCAUGAGAAAACCUUCUCCAUGGCCAUGAACGCUUCCCUCCUCGGCCUCCUCUUCGUCUCCCUCCUCCCCUUCUCCCAUUCCCUCUCCACCCUCGCCAUUUCCGAAACCAACAACCAAGCCGUCAUCUGCGCCCUAAUCAAAUCCCAAAAUUCAAUCUUUUCCCUCAAUUGCACCCUCUUCCCUCAGAGAACUCAGCUCCUCCUCAGCCCCGCGCCGCCUUCUCUCACCGCGGUCGCCGCCGGAGACGGCUUCAUCUGCGCCCUGAGCUCCUCUCACCCCACCUUCAAAUCCAUCAUCUUCUGCUGGAGAUUCUCAGACGCCGCCAUUCCCAUGGAUCGCAAGCGAAUCUACAACGGCACGCUGUUAACCGAUUUGACCUCCUCCAACUCCCGCAUUUGCGGCAUCCACGCCACCGGCGCCGCCGCGGAGUGCUGGCCGAAGAGAAGCGGCGAUAUCGGCAGCAGCGGCGGAGUCUUUGCUUCGAGCCUUGCGGUGGGAGAGGAUUUCCUGUGUGGUUUGUCGGAAUCCAGAGAGAUCUCAUGCUCCGGCGGUGAUCGGAAUGUGACCACCCGCGAUUGGCCCACCGGGCAGUUCAACGUUGUCGUGGCCGGUGUUCGUGGCGCGUGUGGGGUUAGAGAGAACGGGAGCUUGGAAUGCUGGGGUGGAAAUUUGGCGGGAGAGGCGCCUCAGGGAGGAUUUAAAUCGGUUGCGGUUGGGGAGGAUCGCGUCUGCGCGAUAAGAGCAAGAGCAGACGACGUAGUUGUUUGUUGGGGGAGAGGGGAGUUUAGUUUACCUGAGUCUUUGAGGGAUGAGGCAUUUGUAGCCAUUCAAGGAAGGAGAGACAUUUUUUGUGGUGUUUUGAAGUCUAACAAUAGCUUGGUGUGUUGGGGUAAUGAGGUUCUUCUUGAUAGUGAUUCAUUUGUGUUUGGUGAUGUUGUGCCAUUCCCUUGUAUGGUUAAGGAGGAGUGUGGUUGUGGUUAUUGGCCUAGUUAUGGUGACUAUUGUGUGGAUGAAGGGCUAGUGAUGUGUCAGCCUUGUGAUCCAGAGCUGCCGGUGGUGGCUGCACCAGUUCCUCCGCCGUCUAGUGGUGGCAACAAAUGGAAUAGGAGAAUGGUGGCCUUUAUGGUGGUUGGGUGUGUUGGGAGUUUGUCAUCAUUGGUGGCCUUGUGUGUGUUCUUGUUUUUGCGGUAUAUCAAGAUUAGGGGAAGUCGGAUCCAUGACUCUGGUCGUCUGGAAGAGGGCGACGGGGAGGGCGAACCUGGCUCGCCUCAACUAGUGAGGCGACCGGCUUUGGAGAAGAAACUUAGCCACUUGAUCAGCACCGGUAACGGAGGCCAUUUGGAGGAGUUCUCUCUCGGAGUGUUGCUUAUGGCUACCGAUAAUUUCUCUGAGGAGCUCAAGAUCGGGAGCGGUAGCUUCGGAUCAGUCUAUCGUGCCACUUUGGAAGACGGACGCCUAGUGGCGGUCAAGAGAGCCGAGUCCUCAGUGUCUUCCUCAUACGCAAUGGCCAGCAAACGGGGGCAGGAGGAUAGGGACAUUGCGUUUGUGAAUGAGCUCGAGUUCUUGUCCCGCCUCAACCACAAGAACCUCGUGAAAUUAUUGGGCUAUUGCGAAGAAUCGGGCGAGCUUGUGCUCGUAUAUGAGUACCUAGACAAUGGAACCCUAUCCGAUCAUCUUCACAAGUUUGACAAGACCUCGCUCAUGUCGUGGCCGGUUCGGAUCAAAGUGGCUCUUGACGCGGCUCGGGGGAUCGAAUACCUGCACGAGUACGCUGUGCCAAGUAUCAUCCACCGUGACAUCAAGCCGUCCAACAUAUUGCUUGAUUCCAGAGGAGGUGCCAAGGUGUCCGACUUCGGCCUGUCGUUGAGGGGCCCGGAGGAGGAUGAGUCCCACCUGUCACAACGGGCCGCAGGGACUAUGGGGUACAUGGAUCCUGAAUACUAUAGGCUUCAGCUCCUGACAACCAAGAGCGACGUGUAUAGCUUUGGGGUUGUAUUGUUGGAGUUGAUCUCGGGUUGCAAGGCGAUCCACAAGAACGAGUUUGGCGUGCCUAGGAACGUAGUGGACUACGUUGUCCCUUACAUAAUACAAGACGACAUCCAUCGAAUCUUGGACCCAAGGGUCGCGCCCCCAUCUCCGUUCGAGAUUGAGGCAGUGAGGUACGUUGGGUACUUGGCCGCCGAUUGCGUCACGCUAGAGGGCCGGUAUCGGCCGACGAUGAGCGAAGUUGCAAAUAGCCUAGAUCGGGCAUUGGAGGCAUGUUUGGCGCCCCAAGUGUUGUCUAGAUCAGCUAGUAUCUCAUCAACAUAAAUUUUUUGGUUUUCUUAUGUAAACUUAGUCUGAAUCAAAUUCAUACAAGAAUUGGUACAUAUAUUUGUAGAAUCCAAUAAAAUACAAAUUCAAAUUUUGAUGGAA